AUGAGCACGAACACAUUGAGCAGCGUUUUGCUAGCUACAGCCCAAGUGCGGGUAAAAUCCUUACAUCAAGAAUAUAUAACAUUACGGGCUUUAAUUGAUCAAGGUUCGCAGAUAACCUCUAUAAGCGAAGAAGCAGCACAAAUCCUCCAAUUACCCAGGAAGAAAACUGAGGUUAAACUACAAGGCCUGGGACAAACAGUGGUAGGGGUUGCAAAAGCAAAAAUAAACUUAGAAAUACAUCCGAGAUUUCUAAGCAACGAGAUGAUAACAGCAGAGGCAUUAAUAUUACCAAAAUUAGUGGCAACUCAUCCCGAUGUAUCAUUUAAUUAUGAUGUGCAAAAAUGGAAAAACUUCAAUUUAGCAGAUCCCAAUUUCAACAAAGCAGAUAGAAUUGAUAUUGUUAUUGGUGCCGACUUAUUCUCGCAAAUAUUGGAAGACGGUGUACAUCGUGAAGAGAAAAUUCUUGGGCAAAACACUAAGUUGGGUUGGAUUCUAUCUGGCGUGAUCCGAGUAAACCAUAAAAGCAAUACAAAAUCAGUAGCUACUACCAACAUUGAAAGGUUCUGGGAAAUCGAGGAAAUAGAGGAGGAAAAUUCCCAAGACGAGGAAGAUAAAUGCCUAAAACUAUAUUCUGAAACAACAAGAAGAGAUGAAGAUGGUAAAUUUAUCGUAAGAAUACCAUUUUUAGAAGAUUGCGAGCUUGGCGAUUCUUACAAGAGGGCGAUGGCUCGAUUGAUGAGUCUAGAGAGGCGGCUAAAAGAAAAUCCAUUACUAAACAACGAAUACUGCAAAAUAAUGGAAGAAUUGCUAUCAAUGGGCCAUAUGAAGAAAGUAGAUCCAAGCUGUAAUGGUAAAUACUACUUACCUCAUCAAGCGGUAGUACGAGAAAGUAGCUUAACUACAAAAGUAAGAGUGGUAUUCGAUGCUUCUUCCAAAACUACCAACGGUAAAAGCUUAAACGACAUAUUGCAAGUAGGUCCCAAGCUACAAAAAGAUAUAUUUGACAUCAUUACGAAAUGGAGGUCAUGGAAAUAUGUAAUAUCUUCUGAUGUGGAGAAAAUGUUUCGCCAAAUAAAAAUUGAUACACCUGAUCAAGAAUACCAAUAG